GGACAUGCCAAGCCUCAUUAUAGAGGGUACAGACAGACGUUUGAGAAAUGGAGAGGGCCUGAUUUCACCCCGUGUACAAGAACUGGGACAGUUUAAUUUUCUCAAUCACACGCGGUCUCAUUCUCAACUUCAUUGAAGCCGUAGCUCGUCAAAUCAGGAUGGACAGCCUGGAGAAGCAGCUUAUUUGUCCCAUUUGUCUGGAAAUGUUCACGAAACCGGUUGUGAUUCUUCCGUGUCAACACAAUCUUUGCCGGAAAUGUGCCAAUGACAUUUUCCAGUCCUCAAAUCCAUACCUUCCCACCAGAGGAGGCACAGGGGCAUCAGGUGGCCGUUUCAGGUGUCCAUCCUGCAGGCAUGAAGUUGUGUUGGACCGCCAUGGGGUCUACGGUCUGCAGAGAAACCUUCUGGUGGAAAACAUCAUUGACAUGUACAAACAGGAGAACAUCAGCAGCAGACCUUCUCCAGAGAGGAAGGUUGACCAGCCAGUGUGUGAAGUCCAUGAGGACGAGAAAAUCAACAUUUACUGCCUGACCUGCGCCGUUCCCACUUGUUCUAUGUGUAAAGUGUUCGGCUCACAUAAAGACUGUGAAGUGGCCCCUCUUAACAGUAUUUACCAGACGCAAAAGACAGAGCUCUCGGAUGGAAUAGCAAUGAUGGUGGGCAAUAAUGACAGAAUCCAAGGCAUCAUCAGUCAGCUGGAGGAGACCUGCAGAACCAUAGAGGAUAAUGGCAGGCGACAAAAAUCCAAGGUGUGUGAAAAGUUUGACCAUUUGUACACCAUCCUGGAAGACAGGAAGACACAGAUGAACCUGAAAGUGAACGCUGAACAGGAAGAGAAGCUGAAUUACAUCCAUGGCCUCACGAGGAAGUAUGGAGAUCAUCUGGAGUCCAUGACCAAAAUCAUGGAGACAGGAAUCCAGACAAUGGAAGAACCUGAGAUGGCUGUUUUCUUACAGAAUGCCAAACCCCUCUUGCAAAUAAUUGCAGAAGCAUCAAAUACCUCGCAUCUGGAGAAAGUGGAGCAUGGCUAUGAGAACAUGGAUCAUUACUCUGUGAGCUUCAAAAAAGAGGGCAGGGCCCUACAAAAUAUCGACUUCGCCAGAGCAGAUGAUGAUGAAGAGGAGGAAGAUGAGGAUGAGCUGGGUGUCGAUGUGGACGGCCGGGCAGGGCAGACAACCUCGGGAGAAGGGGAUUCACUGAAAGAAGCCCUUCCGCCCCUUCUUCCCCCACAACCCAUGAGCACAUGCAAACCCGCCACAUCAUCAUAACUUCACAAACUAUUUUACCAGUGUCUUUCAUGUUCUGUUUCUGUUUCAGUAACCCCUUAAUAAAAGUCACUAGAUGACUAAAUAUAAAUGGAGAUGACUUAAGAAACCUUUGCGAGAUUUGUGGUGUUGUUUACUGCGUACCCAGUGUUCACAUGGUGUUUUCAUUGCAGUUGGCACAGCAGUGGUGUUUGAGUUAUGAAUGAUAUGAUUUGCUUUAAAUAUUCUCUGGAUGACAUUAUUAUUUAGAAACGUCAACAGAAAAUAAAAUGUUACCCUUAUGUAUUGUAAUGAUUUGUAACAGAUUGAAUUCAAACUAACAUCCAGUUCAGUUCCAAAAGCAUUGGUGUAUCACAUUUAUAGCAGAUGCCUAAUCUACAUGAAGAAACAUCCGUGGCAAAGC